AUGUCGCGUCAGUCCAAUGGGCCGUUUGCUUACUAUGGCACACUCAUACAUUCUAUCAGCCCUUCUAAGCUUGAGAUCCUUCAAGAUGCAGUUGUCGUCGUGGAUGGAAAUGGUAGGAUAAGUCUAAUCAGUCCGCAUUUUUCAGUCGAAGGUGGCCAAGGCCUUCAGGAGAUGAUUCCAAAAUUACUCAAGCAACCCGACGCUCGCGUCCGUGUCACGACCCUGAAACCUCAUCAAUUCAUCGUGCCAGGAUUCAUAGACACCCAUGUCCACGCACCUCAAUUCUCAAUGCGGGGCCUCGGUCAAGGCUUGCACAUCCUUGACUGGCUUGACCAAGUUACCUUCCCACACGAAUCGAGGUUCAACAACAACGACUAUGCCACAGAAGUCUUCACAAGAUGCGUACAAAUGGGCCUCCGCCAAGGCAUCACGACUGCGUGCUACUUCGCCAGUCUCCACACCGAGGCGACGAAGAUUCUAGCGGACGUGUGUCUGCAGGAGGGGCAGCGGGCAUUUGUUGGCAAGACGUGUAUGGACCAUCCAGAAACGAACCCAAAGUAUUACAGGGAAGAAACCGCCGAAGCGGAAGCGGGGACGGAAGAGUUGAUUCAGCACUGUCGAGCCGUCGACGAAAGUGGGACCUUUGUCCGGCCCGUCUUGACUCCAAGGUUCGCGAUAAGUUGCACACCAGAAUUACUGACUAGGCUGGGAAAGUUGGGGAGAGAGCACGAGCAUGCUUAUGGUCUAGGCGAGGGCGUGCCGAACCAGACACACUUCUGUGAAGCACAACAAGAGAUCGAUGCCACCCUGAAGCAAUACGGAAAGUUCAGCUGCGAGGCAGAUCUCUACGAGCACUAUGGUCUGCUCAACAGCAUGUCCGUUCUUGCUCACUGUACGCUGCUUAGCCACGACGACCUGGUGAAAAUCAAACAGCGAGAAUGUGGCAUAGCGCACUGUCCAAUUUCAAACGUCACCGUCGGAGGUGGUUUCAUGGCUGCGCCGGUUCGAAGAUUCUUUUCCGAGGGUAUCACGAAGGUCGGACUUGGAACCGACUCCGGGGGCGGGUUCUCAUGUAGUCUCAUGGAUGUGAUGCGGCAAGCACUGAUUGUCGCCAACGCACGCGAGAUGCUAUCGGAAGGUAAGGAAAGACGUCUAGGUCUGGAAGAAGUGUUCUAUAUGGCGACCCUCGGUGGCCCGAGAAUCCUGGGAAUGCAGGACAGAGUCGGCUCGUUCGAAGUUGGCAAACGAUUCGAUGCGAUCUUGGUGGACAUGCAGGACCCUUACAGUGGCCCGCACGACGACUUCGAUGCCGUACACACAACUACCCUCGACGAGUUCGGCGACAAUAGUAUGAAGGCCAUCACCAACGUUUGGCAGAAAUGGAUCAUGUCAGGAGAUGAUCGAAAUCUGAGAAGAGUUUGGGUUGGUGGUCAGAUGAAAAAAGACACUUACCGAGCUGGUUAUUGGUAA